AUGCUCAACAUGGGAUAUAAGCAAUUGAGGAAUUUAAUAAAAGCAUGCGAAGAGGAAGAACUCCUAUUAAGUAGAAUGAUAAGGAGCAGUGAUAAGGAAAAGUUGCCAAAGCACAAGACUAUAAAUAAUUUCAAAGAGGAAAAUAGCCAUGAUAUGGAGCAGUCAGAAAGUAUCAAGUCAACCAUGUUACCGAGUAAAUUAGCCGUAAAGAGGAAUAUUAAGAAAUGUAUAUUUUGUGAGAAAGAACAUUGGAAUCAGCAAUAAACAUUACGAGAAAAGUUGCAGCUUGUAGCAAGAGAACAACGAACAAUUACUGUAUCAAGCUUCGCAUCAAAAAUUCCCCAGAAGUACCAUACCUCGAUAGUAGGAGUAGGAAUAAUACUUCAUGAUGGCUCUAAAUUCAAGACAAUGGCAAGUACGAUGACACAGUUGACAUUGCAAAUAAAAUACAUGCAGUUGGAAGGAUAUCAAUCUUCAAGAACGGAAGGUUUUCGUAAUCUUCACGGUAUUGACAGAACAAGAUCUGUCGCAGUUCUGGGCUCUAGGACAGACUCAACUGACUUGAUGGAUGAUGAAGAAUCAUAUGAACAAUUUGAAAAAUCAAUCAAAAGAAAUGAGGAAGGAAGAUAUGCCAUAUCAUGGCCUUGGAAAAGUACUGAUCCUAAAAUCGAGUCAAAUUUUGGUCUUACUUUUGAUAAUCGAACCGUUCCUUCAGAAACACCGUGCUUUAAAUAUUAUAUUCCACAUCUUCCGGUUAUCUCUCCUGAUAAACAGAGUAUAAAAUUAAGAAUAGUGUUUGAUGCAUCAGCGGUUAGUAGGAAAGGUUAUUCGUUAAAAGAUCAAUUGUAUAAAGGCCCUACUCCUAUUCCACAUCUGGCUGGAAUUAUUUUAAGGCUGCGAUUGGGAAAAUUUAUUCUAAUGGCGGACAUAGAGAAGGCCUUCCUUUAA